AUGAUUACUGUCGAAAGCUGUCAACAAAACAAAUGUAAUGAAACGUGUUUUGGAAUAUUCUCGCUGAUGACAUUUAAUGAAAUAAAUAGAAAUUGCAUUCGAUUCCCUCAUCAACAACUCAUCAUCAUCGAGAUGAUUAAAAUAUUUUCAAAUCUCAUUGUUUCUACUUUGUGCGGUUUUAUUCCUUCGAUAGAAGAAUUGCGGGCAAAGUUGAGCUUUCGUAUACAUUUCAACUUUUUUAUUUCAUCUUGUCAUGAUAAAUUCAGUUCAAAAACAAAGAACAAACAAAAAUCAGGAAAAAACUUGCGUCAUAAAUUGCCAAAAGAUCAGAAUACUGCUACAUGUCAAGACGCGUUAGAUUUCUUCAGUUUUGUUUCAACUCAAGCAAAUGAAAUAAUAAAAGAAACCAAAACGAAUAAUUACCGUAGACGAAGACUGACUGACUUGUAG